GAUCAUACCCAGAAACAAAAAUCAAUAAUGGCAACAUUGAUUGACGGCAAAGAAUUAGCAAAAUCUAUUCGCGAGAAAUUAAAGCAAGAAAUUAUAGAUCUUGCACAGAAAUAUCCCGGCUUCAGACCGCAUCUUGCCAUUGUUCAAGUCGGAUUAAGAGAAGAUUUUACUGUUUAUGUGAAACAAAAGGAAAGAGCUGCAAAUGAA